GCCCGGUGGGGGCUGUCGCUGUCCUUCAACCAGGAAAUCCCACCACUCAGUCCGGCGAUCCCUGAGCUCGGCGUUCCCAUCCCUCAGCUCGGCGACCCCACCUCUCAGCCCGCAGAUCCCAUCCCCUCAGCCUGCAAAUCCCGUCCCUCAGCCCGGGCGAUCCCAUCUCUCAGCCCGGAGACCCCGUCCCUCAGCCCGGCGAUCCCACCCCUCAGCACUCGGCAGCGGGCACCCGCCUCACCUCGGGGUCUGUCUGGAGCCACCCACGCCGCUGAUCACAGAACAAGAACAAAGAUAAAACAAAAAUGGACACUCAAAAGGUGCAGAAAAAUCAGUGUGAUAUGAAAACAGAUCUGAACUUACUGCUUGAAUGCCUUAAAUAUCAGAUGGACUGCCCUCUGUCUCAGAAGGAGGCUUUGAUCACUAUCUAUUCCAUUUGCCAACAAAACAGUGAAGCAAGCGAAUACUUUCGAGAAAUUGGUGGUUUGAUGUUUAUAAAUGACCUUGCCAAGGCGAGUGCUCAUUGCAUCGUAAAGGAAGCAGCUUUAUUUACAUUGGGGAUUAUUAUAGAGAGUGAUGUGUAUUGUCAACAGACUUUGUGUACUUCUGCAUUGUUUGAAGACCUCAUUUUAUUUUUAAUUAAAAAGGAUUCUGGUGUGAACUUGAAAAGAAUGUCUGUUUAUGUCAUCUUAGUACUGGUUUCAAAUAAUAAAAAUGGGCAAACCUGUGUCAGAGAUACAGGCUGCAUCAGCCUGCUGCUGCAGUUAUUCAGAACAACUCUCUCCACCUCUGAGAAGAAUCUGUCAGCUAAAACCACUGAUCCCUGCUAUCAGCUCUGGUCCUCAGUGUGCAGCACUCUCUGUGCCUGUGUCAACAACCCCCAGAACGAAGAUAACCAAAACAUUUGCUGUUCGGUUUUUCCCUAUGCCAAAGAGUGGCUCGAGAGUUGCACAGAGCCUGAGAUAGUUCGUCCCAUUUGUUCAUUUCUUGGUCUCACAGUUGCAAAUAACUCAUAUGUGCAGAAAUAUUUUGUUUCUAUUGGAGGAUUGGAUACAUUAGCCAAAGUUCUCCUUGAGCUUAUGCAUGAUUCCUGUUUGAGUCACUCCAGCAUGAAACUUGCAGUGGUAGUAACAAAGACUCUGGAUGCCUGCAUUGCUAAUAACUCUGCCAUGGGUGUUGUCUUGGCACAGUAUCACACUGUGUCAGAGCUGCUGAAGCUGCUGUCCAAUGAGACACUGAGCACAGGAGAAAAAAUCAGUAUUAUUCUAACAAUUGGACACUGUACUGAAGUUUGUGAAGAAAACCAGUGUGAGCUGCUUCAGAACAAUGGUCUGCCACUUAUGAUUCAGGUAUUGACAGAAUCUCAGGAUGAGGAACUCAUCAAAGCUGCUACUUUUGUGCUGCAGAACUGCAAACAAAUGACCUGCUCAUCAAAAAGACACGUCAGAGUCCAGCUCAGAUUCUUAAGGAAGCACCCUGAAGGAGAUGAUGCCUAUUACUCUCAGCUCAAGUAUGUGUUGAACACACCUGUGCACUUAAAAGCUACUUACACCACAGAAUUAUAAAAAAACCUGAAUUUUCUUACAGAUACAGGCUUUGAAAUUCCAGAUAAAUUUGUGGUUGGAUAUGCUCUUGACACUAAUGAAUACUUCAGAGAUUUAAAUUGAGUUGGUAAUGCAGUAUAGGUGAAGAGGAAAUGUUUGUGCUUCACCUUCCAUAAUUCUACUCCACAAGUCUCGUGGCUCAGCCAUGCUACAGGGCAUCCUGAAGCCCCGGGAUGGUGAGCAGCAUACAAUCUGCAGCCCCGUCUGGAAAUAAAGUAACUUGUAAUUUGGCUUUAAUUGGAUAUUUGUCUGUCUUAGCUCAAUCCUACGUUGCUCUUCUGUCACCAAGUCUUUAAAGCGGGCCGAGGGGGCGCCGAGGCUGGAACGAGCGGGGACCGGGGCCCGCCCAGCGUCACGGCCCCGGGCCCGGCCCCGGCCCCGACAAUCGGGUGCCGCGGUUGCCGGGUAACCGCGAGCGGCCCCGGCAGCGUCUGUGACAGCGCUGCGGCCUCAGUCGCCGCAGAGCGCGCUCCGGGCUGGCCGA